GCUGCUGCUGCUGCUGCUUCUUCUUCUUCUUCUUGUGCACUGAAGUCUGGAGGAGUUCUUCCACUUGGAGUCAGCGGUGGUCGGAGCCUGCGGCCGUGCGCGUUUUCUGCAGCGGCGGCGGCGGCGGCAGCUGUGCCACGAUGAUGGCCAACUCUUUACGCGCGGCUGCGCUGCUGGCGUUCGUGGUUCUCUCGAUCCUCGUGUCACUGUUGAUCAGCAGCGUGCAGCAGUUCGGAGCCAGAACAUCGCACUUUUCCAACGCGACUGUUGCCGCUGCUGAUGACGAGGAGCUGUCGCUGCUCCGCGGGGCGUUGAUUCACCAAAUCAACGAGAGGCGCAAAGAGAUCAUUCCGCUGCUUUUACUUCAUGAGAAAAAAUCGAACAAGAAUAUUAAUAAUAAUAACGAGGACGAGGACAACGCGCCAUCAGUUGGGACUCUACUUUCCCCACAACUUGAUGUGGAUUAUAAUCUGUGGGACGAGAUCACGCACGGCUCCAGGGAAGCGCACUUGGAUGGAAUGGGCUGUGAUUCUCUGGUGGACAUGCAGGCGGUGGAGAUCCUCGGCUCUGGAUACACCAAGCUGGUGGUGAAAGUCAAUCUGGCCGGAGGUCAACCCGUGGCCCUGAAACUCGUCAACGAGCAGGGGAUAGACAUGGGGAAGUGCGUGGAGGACUUUAAAGACGCGCCGGGCUGCAGGGAGCUCGUGUCCUACAAGCUGCAGAAAGAAAUCGUGCUGUUGCAGAGGCUGCGGCAUCCAAAUGUCAUAAAGCUCAAGGGUCACUGUGCAGGAAAUGCAAGAGGCCAGGGAGGAGAGAGGGGGAGAGUCGCAGUCAUUCUGGAGCAGGGGAAUCCACUACAGAUGAUCCAGUUGCUCCAGAGCCCCUGGGAGGACAGAUUCAGGGUUUGUCUGGACCUGGCGCGGCUCCUGCACUUCCUCUCCCAGUCCCCUCUGGGCUCCGUGGCCCUGCUGGACUUCCAGCCGCGGCAGUUUGUCACCGUGGCCGGCGAGCUCAAGCUCACCGACCUGGACGACGCCAGCGCCGAGGAGACGGCGUGCCGCGGCGUAGCCGACUGCACGCUGCAGUUCCCGCACAGGAACUUCACCCUCCCCUGCUCGGCCCGCGGAGUCUGCGAGGGCCUGAACGAGAAGAGGAACAUCUACAACGCCUACAGGUAUUUCUUCACCUACCUGCUGCCUCACCAGGCUCCGCCCGGCCUCACACACCUGGUAGACCACAUCAUGAACUCCACAGGGGAGCUGAAAGCUGACAUCAAUCAGACACUGGAGGCCUUUGAACACAUCCUCCUCCUUUACAAGUCUGGCCUGCACCUGGACAACCUGCCUCCAUCAAUAAUCCGAGACUACAACGUGAUCCGAGGAAUGGGGACGUCCGGGAACGCCGAGUACCGCUGCUGGCCGUCGUACAGCCAGCAGGGCUGCGUGCUGUCGGUCUCCAGCGCCCGAGAGGCCGCGUACAUCUGUAACUCCCACUCUCAGUGCAACAGCUUCACUCUGACGGGACACACGACGUGGACGGGACGCCUCCUGGCUUCUUUCAGGAGCAGCUUCAGUCACCUGGUGCCUGACGGGACAUCAGAGGUGUACGUGAAGAAAACCAACGCUCCCGAAGCGUCGCCCGUGUGACGCGAGGAACCGGGGCGGGGGGAGGGAGGGCUGUGCAGUCGGGGGAAUGUGAAGCUAAGAACCUUGAAGUCUUUGCGCUUAAGAUGAGCAAUAGUGUCGUCCUCGAACGCAGCCCGGCUCUGCGGGUUCACAGGAGGAGGACGAGGAGGACGAGGAGGAGGAGGAGACGUUUGAAGUGAGGCAAGUGAAUGUGAUGUAUUUAUAGGGCUUCUGCUCACUGACUGUUUGAUGUGCCUGCCAGCUCUGCCAACUACUAUUUAAAGGGAUUUCCCUUCAGGUACAAUUAUGCAGGGAGAGCCUUGUGCCCUUGACAUGUAUUUUUUUUCUUCUACCUUGUCUUUAUUUGCCAUGUGUGUUGGUUUUUCCUCCAUGUACUUGGACUUUUUAAGCCAAAGAGGUAAUGAGAACAGCCACCGGAGCUCAGCGUUUGAAGCCCGAGGACGAGGAAAGAAAACAAGCUCUUAUAGAAAUACACUUUGAUGUUAAUGCGCUGAGGUUGCGGCCGU